AUGCUUGCUGACCUGUUGGACAAUCUCUGCAAGAAACCUUCAGGCACCUAUGUCCAAACUACACCAGACUUACCUUCAGGCUGGGAAGAAAGGAAGGAUGCAAAGGGCCGUACUUAUUAUGUCAAUCACAACAAUCAAACCACAACCUGGACACGGCCCAUUAUACAGCUUGCAGAAGAUGGCAUGUUUGGGUCAGCAGCAAACAACAACAACAAUUUAAGUGAAUCUCAAAUCAGACGGCCUCGCAGCCUCAGUUCACCCUCAGUAACCUUAUCUGCUCCACUUGAGGGUAUGAAGGACUCUCCGGUGCGCAGAGCAGUGAAGGACACACUUUCCAACCCACAGUCUCUACAGCCCUCACCCUACAACUCUCCUAAACCACAGAACAAAGUUGCACAAAGCUUCCUUCCUCCUGGUUGGGAGAUGCGGAUAGCACCCAACGGCAGGCCCUUCUUCAUCGAUCAUAAUACUAAAACUACUACGUGGGAAGAUCCACGACUGAAAUUUCCAGUGCAUUUGAGAUCAAAAGCUUCUUUAAAUCCUAAUGAUUUGGGCCCUCUUCCUGUAAAAGAUACAGAGAAGGCAGAGUUACUGAAUGCCUUCUUUAUCUCUGUCUAUGCUGCUGGAGACUGUCCUGAUGAGCCCUGUAUCCCUGAAGCCCCAGAGGAAGCCAGGAUAAAGGAGGAGUUUACCUCAGUUGAUGAGGACUGGGUUAUGGACCAGUUAAGCAAUCUGGACAUACAUAAAUCCAUGAGCCCUGAUGGGAUGCACCUGUGGGUGCUGAGGGUGCUGGCAGAAGUCAUUGCUAGGCCGCUCUCCAUCAUCUUUGGUAAGUCAUGGGGAACAGGAGAGGUGCCUGAGGACUGGAAGAAAGCAGAUGUCACCCCAGUCUUCAAAAAGGGCAAGAAGGAGGACCCUGCAUCCUCACAGCUAAACUGA